AUGGGUUCUCUCUCCGAGCAGCGACCUCCCUCCCGCUCUCCCCGUCCCGACCGCUGCCUCCAUCGAGGAGGUAGGAGUCUAGGUAGAUCAGCGAGCUGGUUGGCGGACAGCUCUUUCGGCGGGCAAUCACAGAAGCCACGCCGUACGCGAGGCGGGCGCGCAGGCCAGGUUCGGCAAGCAGUCGCCCCCAGCUAAAUUCUGCCAUGGCGAGGCUUCCCGGUCUGCGUUGCUGCGACCUUGCCGCCCGCGGCUCCCUCCCUCCUCUCGGCCUUGCCUGCCGCCCUCGCAGGUCGCCCCGCGCCUCGCCUCUACGCUACUCGUCUCUCCAAGCCGGUGACAGUUUCGGGGAGGAUGUCUUGCGCAUGUUCCUUGAGGAUAGGCAGACGAAUGGGGACUUGGUGUCCAAAGUCGCUGACAUGGUUUUGAGGAGAAAUGACACAGGUCUUGAUGUGAUAGAGGCUACCACGGACCAUGAAAAUGCUGAAGAUGUUGGACAACUUGAAGAUUUCAGGGAGGAUGUUAUGAGUCAAGGAGUCGUGGGAUUCGAGGCAAGUGGAGAUUUUAUGUCCGGUGAUACCAGCCUUACUGCGAGAAGGAGGCUUUCUGCUCUGGCUGGGCAGAAAGAAAGUGAUAAAAGGAAGGAAUUCAACCUUCUGAGAUAUGAAGCAAUCAAGGAUGAACUUUUGCUCUUGACCGUUGGAAUUGGAGCCGCUUGCACUGUAUAUUGUGUCCUAGUCUUCUCUCUGGAGGCUGGUAUCAGUUACGCUUUUGGAGUUGCUUUCAGCUGGUUGUAUCUUCAACUUCUGUAUCGACGCGCAGAUAGCCUGUCAAAGGAAGAUGUUCCUGAAGUUUUUCUAAAGAAGAAAGUGAAGAAAAUCGGCAUUCGAAGCGAGGAUUUGAAGGAUACAUUAGAUAAGACAUUGGGUGGCUCUCUGUUUGUUCUUUCAUCCCCAAGGCUUAUAAUUCCUGCAGUGAUUUUUGGACUGUCAACCUUUUCUAGUCAUUUUCAAAAUAACAUUUUUAACUUUGAGCUUGUUCCAGGGAUGAUGGGGUUCUUCGCGUACAAGGCCGCAGCUUUGGUACAAGUCUACAGAGAUAACGAUGAUCUUAGAUUGAUACUCCCCGAAGAUGAUCCUGACUACAGCUGAAAAGUUUUGACCACGUUGAUGUAUAGUUUAUGUUACAGUUUUAAAUAAACCCUGCUGAUCUUUUGUGUGAAUGAUAAAAGUUAAUAAUGCAAUGACAGAAGGGGUGGUAAAGAGCACCAUUCUGUUUCCAGAUA